AUGCGUUUACUUUUCAUACAGGUUAUCAUCUGUGCCAUAUGGCUGUCCCUCAGUCCCCCUGUUCCUCAUCAUGAUCUGGGGUUCCAAGGGUCAAAGGUCACCCUGAAGUGUGCCAUGGCCUCUUUGGUGGGCUUCUCUCUGGUUCUGGGUUACAUUGGCCUGCUGGCGUGCACCUGUCUCAUACUGGCCUUUCUUGCUCGGAAACUCCCUGACAACUUCAAUGAGGCCAAACUCAUCACUUUCAGCAUGCUGAUCUUCUGUGCUGUCUGGGUGGCCUUUGUACCUGCUUACGUUAGCUCUCCUGGGAAAACAGCUGCAUCCAUGUCUUGGUUGCUCUGGGUCCUCACUCGGUGGCCCUCCUCAGCCCUCUCCCUGCUGCUUCUUUGUGUAGUGGGCAGACAGAUGGGAGUGGAGGUGGUUCAGGCGGUAGUGUGCUCCCGGUGGGGUGCACAGAGAAACAAGAGCCUCUCCCAGGAUGGAGAUGUGAUUAUCGGCGGACUCUUUAAUCUGUAUUACAUACCCUCAGCUUUAGAGCAGGACUUCAUCAAGCUGCCACAUUAUAAACCUUGCACUGGGUUAGAUCUGGAACCAUUAAAAUAUACGUAUGCUAUGACAUUUGCGGUGGAGGAAAUCAAUCGUAACAGCACCCUGCUGCCAGGAGUGAAGCUCGGCUACCGUAUAGUCGAUAGCUGUGGCCGAUACCCUUGGGCUCUGCAAGCUGCACUGUCCCUGGUUGGAGGAGACAAACACAGCUGUAAUUUAACAGCCUCUACGCCUCGGCUGUCCUCAGGUGGGCCGCCUGUUCCUUUGCUCAUUGGUGCGUCCUCGUCUACAAUUGGAAUAAUACUGUCCAGGAUCCUGGGGCCUCUCUCUGUACCAACUAUCAGCUACUUAGCUAGCUGCCCCUGUCUUAGUGACAGUCAAGAGUUUCCUAACUUCUUCAGAACAAUCCCCAGCGAUAUUUAUCAAGCCUGGGCCAUUGCACAAUUGGCUAUACACUUCCACUGGACUUGGAUUGGAGCUGUGCUCGAAAACAGUGAUUAUGGUCGAUUGGCAAUACAGGUAUUUCAGGAAGAGGUUGAGGGAAAAGGCGUGUGUUUGGAAUUCAUAGAGACUGUCCACAGAGAAACUAUUGUGAGUGAUGCCAGACGUGUAGCACUCACAAUUCAAGCUUCCACUGCGAGGGUGAUUCUGAUCUUUUGCUGGUAUACCGAUGUAAAGGAACUAUUUAUGGAACUGACCAAGAGAAAUGUGACUGACAGACAGUUUCUGGCCAGUGAGGCCUGGAGUACCAGUGAUGAUCUUCUCCAAGAUCUUGCCAUCUCGAAAGUGGCAAGUGGUGUUCUUGGUGUGGCCAUUCAAAGUUCAACAAUACCUGGAUUUGAAAAUUAUCUCAGAAAUUUGCACCCUAUUCGUCGUCCUGAUGAUGAAUUCUUAAGAGAAUUCUGGGAAAAGGAGUUUGGAUGCAGUCCAGGGGACAAGCCUUUGUUUUCAAACUCCUCUUCAUCCCUCAAAGCAAGGUCUGACCAUCCGUCAAAUGUUUCUACUUCAUCUCUUGCCAAGGAGUCACUUCAGAAAGCUUCUCUACCCCCCUGCAGUGGCACAGAAACCCUGGAGGGACUGCAGCAUCCCUUUACUGACACCUCCCAGCUAAGGGUGGCAUAUAAUGUCUACCUUGCUGUUUAUGCUGCAGCCCAUGCCCUUCACAGCCUUCUGUCCUGCCCAAACAGAGACAGCCCUCCUGGAAACAACCGCUCCACCUGCUCUUCACCGUCUCACAUCAAGCCCAUAGAGCUAUUGCAGCACUUGAAAAAAGUGAACAUCACCACACCACAAGGGGAAAUGUUUCAUUUCCAAGGAGCCGAUAUUCCAGCAAAGUACGACCUUGUCAACUGGCAGAAGACUCCUGAGGGGCCAUUAAAACUUGUUUUGAUUGGUCGUGUGGAUGGGUUUGACCUCCACCUUAACGAAUCAGCUAUUCAGUGGAGCAGAGGAUCCAGUCAGGUGCCUGUUUCAGUGUGCAGUGAGAGCUGCCGCCCAGGGAACCGAGUGGCCAACAGGAAAGGGGAACCUGUCUGCUGCUUUGACUGUAUUCCAUGUGCUGAAGGGGAGAUAAGCAAUACAAGUGAUUCCCCCCACUGUGAGCGUUGUCCGUCUGAGUUUUGGUCCAAUGCUAAACGAACUGCCUGCAUCCCUCGCCAGCUGGACUUCCUUUCCUUUAACGAAACCUUGGGCAUUACCCUGGCUACAGCAGCUGUGUCUGGUGCCACGGUGACGACAGCUGUAUUUGUGGUUUUUCUUUACUACCGUCAAACACCUAUGGUACGAGCCAACAACUCAGAACUGAGCUUUCUGCUUCUUCUGUCUCUGAAGCUCUGCUUCCUGUGCUCACUAGUGUUCAUUGGUCGUCCAUCAGUCUGGUCUUGUCAGUUCCAACAGGCAGCUUUUGGGAUCAGCUUUGUACUUUGUUUAUCCUGCCUCCUGGUAAAAACCAUAGUGGUUCUAGCUGUUUUUCGCUCAGCUCGGCCUGGUGCUGAAGCCUUGAUGAAGUGUUUUGGUCCAGGCCAACAGAGAGGAAGUGUCUGCCUCUGCACCUGUAUACAGGUUAUCAUCUGUGCCAUAUGGCUGUCCCUCAGUCCCCCUGUUCCUCAUCAUGAUCUGGGGUUCCAAGGGUCAAAGGUCACCCUGAAGUGUGCCAUGGCCUCUUUGGUGGGCUUUUCUCUGGUUCUGGGUUACAUUGGCCUUCUGGCGUGCACCUGUCUCAUACUGGCCUUUCUUGCUCGGAAACUCCCUGACAACUUCAAUGAGGCCAAACUCAUCACUUUCAGCAUGCUGAUCUUCUGUGCUGUCUGGGUGGCCUUUGUACCUGCUUACGUUAGUUCUCCUGGGAAGUAUGUUGUUGCUGUGGAAAUUUUUGCAAUCCUCGCCUCUACCUAUGGCUUAUUGCUCUGCAUUUUUGCCCCCAAAUGUUUCAUUAUUCUUUUGAGGCCUGAAAAGAACACGAAGAAACACCUGAUGGCCAGAUAG